AUGCGGCCAGUAAAGAAUCCAACUGAAGCCGUGUUGAUCACCAUGGACAUUACUAUCAACAAGAUCCUUAAACUGAAUGAACGUGACCAAAUCCUUGUCUCCUUCAUAUGGAUUCGCAUGUUUUGGAAGGAUGAAUUUUUGCGAUGGAACGCCUCUGAAUACGGUGGUAUAACCCACUUCGCUCUUGACCGGGGUCGAAUCUGGACACCAGAUAUAACACUGUACAACAGCGUUGACAAAGUUGGGUUGGCGAUUCCGGAAGGCAACAAGGUGACCGUCACGAAGGAUGGAAAUAUUGGUUGGUACUUCCCGACCGUGAUGGAAUCCUCCUGUGCCUUGAACAUCCGAAGGUUCCCGUUCGACUCACAGAUUUGUCCGAUGAGAUUCGGCUUCUGGGCUUAUGACAUACUCGCCUUAGACAUCCAGAAUCUCAACCCGCAUGCGCAAACAGAGUUUUUUGAGGAGAACGGAGAGUGGCAACUUCUGAACGCACCUGCCAGGCGGGGUCUGCGAAAAGAACUUUCCACAUACCCGUAUAUCGACUUUUACCUAGAGCUGGAGAGAUACUCCCAAUUUCAUUUUCUGUUUCUGAUUAUCCCUUUUCUGGUGAUCAUCAUGGUGACAGUGCUGGGGUUCCUUAUCCCGGUGGGGGUCGGGGACAAACUAGCGCUCACAGUCACCAACCUCCUGUCGCUAGUUGUGCUACAACUGCUGGUGGCAGAGCGACUUCCGCCACAGUCAACUAAUAUGCCAGUCAUCGCCAUGUUCUUCUGUGCUUGCAUCCUGCUGGUUGCCUUGAUGGUGGCGCUUCACGUGUUCGUCAUCUUGGUCCAUAAGGGUAGCACAAGCCGAAGACCCCCACAUUGGCUACAGCGGAUUCUCUUUCCAACUAAGUAUGGGAAAUAUCGGGACGGCUUGCCAGACAAGAUCGCCAUUUACAGUAAAGAGCAACAGGACAACUCCCCUCACGUUCCUUACAAGCCAUCAGAAGGCUUUGGAGAGAAACAACCCAAAGGUACACACGAGCCUUUGUCUAUCUGGACGUUGGAUACCAAAGAGCCUGAUUCAGAUGCAGCAAAUCUCAGUUCUGACCCCAUGAUGAAUGACAUUGCUGACAACAUUCUGCAGAUUCGCCAGCACUUAGUCGGGGACCGUGCGUCGCAGCAGCUGGCAAAAGAGUGGAGAAAUGUCGCCGAGAAGAUCGACAAAAUCCUGUUCACCCUUGUCAUGACAGCAACGACGUUCAUGUCUAUCGUUUGUACCCUUGGGCCGCAGUAUGAACUGAUUUAA